GACCCGGGGCGGCCUCCCGGAGCGAUUGUGGAACUCCGAAGUUGCGCCGGACCUUGUCCCUGGCGGUGGGUCAGAGCUCUCGGCGCGAUCCGGCUAGUCUCCUGCUGUCCUCCGCUCUCCGCGCCCAGCCCUCCGCGCCAGCAUGACGGGCUCGCUGUUCAAGGGAAACUUCUGGAGCUCGGACAUUCUCAGCACCGUUGGCUAUGACAGCAUCAUCCAGCAUCUGAACAAUGGACGCAAGAACUGCAAGGAGUUUGAAGACUUUUUGAAAGAAAGGGCAGCAAUUGAGGAGAAGUAUGGUAAAGAUCUGCUGAGUCUCUCCAGGAAGAAGCCCUGUGGACAGUCCGAGAUCAAUACCUUGAAGAGAGCCCUUGACGUCUUCAAGCAGCAAGUAGACAACGUGGCCCAGUGUCACAUUCAGCUUGCACAGACUCUACGAGAAGAGGCCAGGAAGAUGGAAGAAUUCAGGGAAAAGCAAAAGCUACAGCGGAAAAAGACAGAAACUAUAAUGGAUGCUGCCCACAAACAGAGGAACUCGCAAUUCAAGAAAACCAUGGACGCCAAGAAGAAUUAUGAGCAGAAAUGCCGGGACAAGGACGAGGCGGAGCAGGCGGUUCACCGCAGUGCCAACGUGGCCAACCCGAGGCAGCAGGAAAAGCUUUUUGUGAAACUGGCUACUUCAAAGACCGCAGUAGAGGAUUCAGACAAGUCAUACAUGCUGCAUGUCAACCUGCUGGAGAAGGUCCGAGAAGACUGGCAGAGCGAGCACAUCAAGGCGUGCGAGGUGUUUGAGGCUCAGGAAUGCGAACGAAUCAAUUUCUUCCGGAAUGCGUUGUGGUUACACAUGAAUCAGCUGUCACAGCAAUGUGUCACAAGUGAUGAAAUGUAUGAACAAGUCCGUAAGAGUUUAGAAAUGUGCAGCAUUGAGAAGGAUAUCCAGUACUUUGUGAACCAGCGUAAAACUGGGCAGACUCCACCAGCACCCAUCAUGUACGAGAAUUUCUACUCUCAUCAGCGGAAUGCAGCUCCACCAGGAAAGACUCCAGGGCCCAAUCUAGCAAGGAGAGGACCUCUCCCAGCUCCUAAACGUUUACCAGAUGACCCUGAUUAUUCUUUGGUUGAAGACUACAGUUUGCUCUAUCAGUAACAGGAGUGGCGCUACUGCUUCUGUGACAUGAUGAGAGGCCCGAGAGCAGCACAACCCAUAACCAAAUGGUGUCAAUCGUGAAGACUUCGGUGUGAACCCUUGUUGGAAAAAAAAAAAUUUUUUUUUUUUUUUAUAUUUUAAAUUUAUAGUAGACAUUCGACUCAACCGAGCCAAGUAGAAUUCUGCAGAGGUCUGUUUUGUUUUUGUUGUUUUUCUUCUCAGAGAGUUUACAUACUGCCCCAGAAGGAAGAGUUAUUAUUUCCUCGCUAGUUACUAAGGUUAUGAGUGUUGUUUCCUGUUGGGGAAGUAAGGCCGCUCUGGAUUCUGAGUGUUGGCUUGAGCAGGCCUGCAGAGGAUGGUGCCACCUUCCUUGGGCUACAGGAA